AUGUUUCUUUGUUUUUUCAUAUGUUAUUUUGAUUUUCUUGGUUUUUUUUUUUGUUGCAAGAAUGAUGAUUUAAAUGAUGUUGAAGUUUUUGAUGUGAAAAGUCAAGAUGCAAUUGAAACUGUUGGACUCGAUGAGAAUAUUCAAUAUACUCAGGUUUUUAAUGAUGAUGCUCCUUCAUUUGAUAUUAUGAGUUUUAUUUCUAGUAAACCUGAUUGGUUUACUGAAGAAAAAAAGAAUACUGAUAAAUUGAAUGAUGAAGAACAGGUUGUUGAUGAUCAUGGCCUAUUUAAGGAUGCUGUUAAAAAAUCUAAGGAGGAUGAAGAUGAUGGUGGAGAUGACCAGGGUUUGGGGGGUGGUGAUGCUGUUAAAGCUAUUGGUUCAGAUGGGACAAAUAAAGACAAUGUUGAGGGAAAGAAUACUGAAGAAGCAAAAGAUGUUGCAGAUGGGAGUAAUAAAGAUAAUGUUGAGGGCAGAGCAGUUGAUGUAGAUGCAAGUGUAAAUGAUGUUGAAAGUGUUGCUAGUAAGGGAAAGUUGUUUGAUAGUCAAGGCACUAAGGAUAGUAUCACUGUGUCUGCUUUGGAGAUUAUAAAUGAAAAGAUUGAUGCCUAUGAGGGAAGCAUUAAAAAGGAUAAGUCUUUAAAUAAAUUAGAGGCAACAAAUGCUGAUGUUUUAUCUACCUAUGGGUUGGACAAGACUGAUGUUGUUGGUGUUGAGAAGAAGCAUGGUUCUCAAGAAAGCUUUUCUGUAUCUACCAUGGAGGUUGUUAAUGAUCAUUUGGUUUCCUAUGAAGACAGUUUGAAAAAGGUUUCUUUUUAUUUUGUUUAUGUUAUUUGGUAGUUUGUUUUUUUUUUUCUUU